CAAUCUCUUUGUCCACUGCAAACAACUGUGGAGAGAGAGAGGAGGGGGUUCUUGGAGAUUGGUUAAAAUGGGAAGGAGUCCUCGUUGCUCAAAAGAUCAGAGCUUGAAUAGGGGAACAUGGACAGCUAUUGAAGACAAAAUACUCAAAGGAUACAUCAAAAUUCAUGGCGAAGGAAAAUGGAGAAACCUUCCCAAAAGAGCGGGGCUUAAGAGAUGUGGGAAGAGUUGCCGGCUAAGGUGGUUGAAUUAUCUAAGACCUGGAAUUAAGAGAGGCAACAUAACCAAUGAUGAAGAGGAGCUUAUUAUCAAGCUUCACAAACUCUUGGGAAACAGAUGGUCUCUGAUAGCUGGCCGGCUUCCUGGUCGAACGGAUAAUGAAAUCAAGAAUUACUGGAACACCCACAUUGGAAGGAAAGUACUCUUAGGUCACCCCAACCCCACCUCAAAACGUAGAUCAUCAUCAUCAUCAUCAAAUCAAGCACAAGAAAAGCCAAACCCCGCCAAAGCGUCAGCUGUAAUGGAGCCACCAAAAGCAAAUACAGGUGCUUCAUGUACCGUGAUACGUACAAAGGCAACAAGGUGCACCAAAGUUAUCCCGAUCAGUACCUCGGGGCCACAGGAACCUCACCAUCAUCAUCAGCAGCAGCAGUUUGAUCACACCAAUCCAGUCGUCGUUGAACAUCUCUCUUUAGUUCUUGAUGAGAAUCACGACAUGACAGUUGAAUUUUCAAAAUGCAAUUUGGAAUAAAAUAAUUUAUCCAACUUCAUGAUGGAUGAUUUUGAGAUUGACAAAAGUUUCCUGUCAGGGUUUCUGGUCAACACAGAUUUCUCGGAGCUAUCUUCAUCAUGUUUUGAAAACAAUAACAUUAAUAAUGAGGGUGGUAGCAGCAGCACUACCUGUGAUAAAGUCCAUUCUUCACCAACAUUUAUUGAUCAUGCCCUCUUGGUUUCUAAAGAAACAGAACUGCAUGGCUCAGAGGAUUUUCAACUUAUGGCUCCUGAUCUGACUGAGUCUGAGUCCUUGGACUUGCUCUUUGUUUCUGAAGAUACAUUGCAUGGCUCCGAGGUAAAUUCUGAUGAUCAGUCUAAAUUAACCUAAUUAAAUUAGAGCAGAAGUUGUCGUUGGUACGUACGUGACUACGUGUGUCCAAUUUAAGGAACUAUCAGCG